CUGAGGGCCGAGCGCAGCUUCAGGGCGCUCGGAGUUGGGCGCGGGUUCCCGGGCUCUCAGCUGAGCCGCCAGCCCUGUGCUGGGGCCCGGGGGCGGCGCCCGAGCUCUGCACCUCUACUAGAGUUAGCUCCGACACUCGAGCUGCCUCCCGCGGACGCCGCCCCGGGCGGUCUGCGCCUGGGUAGAAGCCGCACCCCGGACAAAGAGCGCGCGAUUUCUAACCAGCGUAAUGCUGGAGCAGGUGGCUGUCAGCCUGCAGAUUUCAAGAUGGUUGAGCUGGAUGCUGACUUGGAUCACAUCGUCCCAUCUGUCCUUCCCCCUUUCUGGGCUAAGUUAGUAGUGGGAUUUAUUUCCCUUCUGUGUUUUGCAAGGAGCUAUGAUGGCGAUUUUGUCUUUGAUGACUCUGAAGCUAUUGUUAACAAUAAGGACCUCCAGUCAGACACACCCCUUGGGGACCUGUGGCAUCAUGACUUCUGGGGCAGUAAACUGAGCAGUAACACCAGCCACAAGUCCUACCGGCCACUUACUGUCCUGACUUUCAGGAUUAACUACUACCUGUCCGGAGGCUUUCAUCCUGUGGGUUUCCAUGUGGUCAACAUCCUCCUCCAUGGCAGCAUCUCCAUCCUCAUGCUGGAUGUCUUCUCAGUACUGUUUGGUGGCCUACAGUACACCGGUAAAGGCCAGAGGGUACACCUGGCCCCCAGGGCUUCCCUGCUGGCCACGUUGCUAUUUGCUGUCCAUCCAGUGCACACCGAGUGUGUUGCUGGUGUUGUUGGCCGUGCAGACCUCCUGUGUGCCCUGUUCUUCUUGUUGUCUUUCCUUGGCUACUGUCAAGCACUUAAAGAAACAGGUAACAAGGAGGGAACACAUUCUUCCACCUUCUGGGUAUUGCUGAGUAUCUUUCUGGGAGCCGUGGCCAUGCUGUGCAAAGAGCAAGGAAUCACUGUGCUGGGUUUGAAUGCUGUGUUCGAUAUCCUGGUCAUAGGCAAACUCAACAUUCUGGCAGCUGUCCGGAAGGUCCUACAUAAGAACAAGUCACAAGAGAAUACAGGCAUGUUCAAGAAUGGAGGCCUCCUCUUCCGAAUAGCCCUGCUUACCAUUGGAGGCACCAGCAUGCUUUAUAUACGCUGGAAAAUCAUGGGAACAGGCCCACCGGCAUUUACUGAGGUGGACAACCCAGCGUCCUUUGCUGACAGCAUGUUGGUUAGGGCCAUAAACUAUAAUUACUACUAUUCAUUGAAUGCCUGGCUGCUGCUGUGUCCCUGGUGGCUGUGUUUUGAUUGGUCAAUGGGCUGCAUCCCCCUCAUUAAGUCAGUUGGUGACUGGAGGGUAAUUGCUCUAGCGGCACUUUGGCUCUGCCUAAUUGGCCUAAUAUUCCAAGCCCUGUGCUCUGAGGAUAGCUGCAAGAGAAGAAUCCUUACUCUGGGUUUGGGAUUUCUUGUGAUCCCCUUUCUUCCUGCAAGCAACUUGUUUUUCCGAGUGGGCUUUGUGGUCGCAGAACGUGUCCUCUACCUUCCCAGCGCUGGAUACUGCGUGCUGCUAACCUUUGGAUUUGGAGCUCUGAGCAGACACACUAAGAAAAAGAAACCUGUUGCCGCCAUCAUCCUGGGCAUCCUUCUCAUCAAUGCACUGAGAUGUGUGAUUCGCAGUGGCGAGUGGCGGAGCGAAGAGCAGCUCUUUCGAAGCGCCCUGUCUGUGUGUCCCCUCAAUGCUAAGGUUCACUACAACAUUGGCAAAAACCUGGCUGAUCAAGGCAACCAAACAGCGGCCAUCAAAUAUUACCGGGAAGCAGUCAGACUAAAUCCCAAGUACGUUCAUGCCAUGAAUAACCUUGGGAAUAUCUUAAAAGAAAGGAAUGAGCUACAGGAAGCUGAAGAGCUGCUGUCGUUGGCUGUCCAAAUACAGCCAGACUUUGCAGCCGCAUGGAUGAAUUUGGGCAUAGUUCAGAACAGCCUGAAACGGUUUGAGGAGGCAGAGCAGAGCUACCGGACAGCGAUUAAACACAGGCGGAAAUACCCAGACUGCUACUACAACCUCGGGCGGCUGGUAAGGGCAGGCAGCCCCAGUUUCCCAUCACAAUACCCAGACUGCUACUACAACCUCGGGCGGCUGUAUGCAGAUCUAAAUCGCCACGUGGAUGCAUUGAACGCUUGGAGAAAUGCCACCGUACUGAAGCCGGAGCACAGCCUGGCGUGGAACAACAUGAUCAUACUUCUGGAUAACACAGGUAACUUAGCCCAGGCUGAAGCUGUUGGAAGAGAGGCCCUGCAAUUAAUACCUAAUGAUCACUCCCUUAUGUUCUCAUUGGCAAACGUGCUGGGGAAAUCCCAGAAAUACAAGGAGUCUGAAGCUUUAUUCCUCAAGGCAAUUAAAGCAAAUCCAAAUGUUGCAAGUUACCAUGGUAAUUUGGCUGUGCUUUAUCAUCGCUGGGGACAUCUUGACUCAGCCAAGAAACACUAUGAGAUCUCCUUGCAGCUUGACCCUGUGGCAGUAGGCACCAAGGAGAAUUACAGUCUUCUGAGAAGAAAGCUAGAACAAACGCAGAAGAAAGAUGUCUGAUCUUCCCUCUAAUGUUUUGAGUUUGUGAGUGUGUGCAUGAAGCCUCUGUUCAGAUUGUGUGCUUACGUUUAGUCAUUUAAAAGCCUCAGACAUUUAUUUUAUUCUAUUGUUAUUUUUUCCUAUGAAAACAAUAACAUGCAAAAAGAUUAUAGCACCAGCAAUACACUCUUGAAUGCUUGAUAGGAUUUUUGCAUUGAAAUUGUAUUUUUUCACACAACUCAAAUGUAAUUCUAAAAUCUCAAAAAAAAGAAACCUUUUUUUAAAAACUAAACAGAAAAACAUAUUAUUUUGAAUGAAUUUUGAUUGUGUUAAACUGCAUUUAGGAUGUGAUUAUCAUGAUGAGAUGGAGUGACUUAGACAUGCCUCCUACAAUUUACAUAGCCAUCUACCGUAUCUGUAUAUUAGCAUGUUUAUUUAAUGACAAGAAAGAGUAAAUCAAGAUUUGGGUUUUUUUUUUAAGUCUCUUUGCAACAGUGUAACUUGAAGUUUGUAAGAAAAUUAUUUAUUCACAUUUUUGUGUUGAACAGGAUAAGUAAUUGAAGAAGGGAAAAUUUUAAUGUCUAUAUAUUUAUCUAUAUAUUUUUUUCAUAGGAAGGUAUGGACUCCCAUGCUUUUUUGAUAUGUAUAUUAUUCACCAAUGUGUGUGAUGUUAGUAUGCAGGAUAAUAUUCUACUGUUAGUAGAGUACCCCUGACAUACUUUAGGCAACCUAACAUCCUGGUCUCUGUUCUGUCCAUUGUUCAGAGGGCUACCUAUGUGUAUAUGCUGUGUUUUCAUGUUUUAGUUGUAAAGUGGGUUUCCAUCUCACAUGAUAAAAUCACAGACAUUACUCUAUCCAGAAAAUGCAAAAAGAUUAAUUCUUUUUCACAAGAAGUCAUAGCUCUGGAUUGUGUGCUGUUCUUACAAACUGGGUUUGUUUUUCCUUUUCACAUUAGAGCUCAACAAUUUGUUUACUUAGUUUGUUCUUUAUAUACUGUUGACCUAAUAAUUUAUGUAAUCGCUGUCAUUUCUUAUGCAGUAAAAUUAUCACACAAACU